AUGACUAUUGAUGGGGCCUCCCUGGGCGUGAGCGCGUUCAUAUUGAUCGCCCUCGCGGCCCCAUGGGUGCGCAUGCGCUUUCGGGGGCCUGGGACCAUCCAGCUGGCGAGCAUCCACCUCAACAGACGGUGGGGCCGCCUUGAUCGGGAGGCGGACAGCGACAGGAAGACACAGGCAGUCAAUGAAGUAUUGAGGUGCAUCCAUCAGAGGGGGCUGAAUCCUAUUGACCCACAGCUGCUGGAGGACAUAGGGGCUCAUCUGGAGGCUGAAUCACAGCGAGCUUCACGGGUUGUUCCUGCAGCACAGACCACCUGGCUCAUUAUCCUAACUCUGGCAGAGGCGCUGCAAUUCAUCGCAGUGCCCUUUGCCCCUGUGGUUGGAUGGGACAACAGCAGAUUACCAAAGAUUCUCCAAUAUGGCCUCCCACAACACCUUCACAACAACUAUGACACCAUGGAGAUCAUUAUCUGGAUCGUGCUUUCUCCGAUGCUGGUGCUAAUGUUUUUGGCUAGCCUUGCGUCUGGCCUGGGCAUCAUCGCAGGGGUGGUGAAGAGAGUUGGGGGCAAAAAUACUAUGGCCCAAAAGGCUUUCUCCAAAGGAGUAUGCUUGGUGGUGCAGUUUGCAGUUGGCCUGUACAUAAGGGUGCAGGAACUGAUGCAGGAGUUUGGGUGUUUGUUUAUGUUUGCCGCCCUGCUGAUGCUAUUCUUCUGCCCCCAGUGCUUUCCGAUCAAGUCAGGCGUUAGUUGUUGGCAGGAGUCCACACACAUCACGUUCAUUGCCCUGAGCUUGCUACAGCUGUUGUUUCAGCUUGGCAUGGUCUGUUGGAACAACCUACCCUUGUACACAUUGUGCUGCCCCUGCAAGCACAGGAGCGCAGCCAGGUCGGCCAUGGGCAAGAUCAUAGAACAAUGCUUCCAAAAGGACGACCACAUGACAUUCUCUUUACAGGCCAGCUUGCAUGACCCAGCCAUCUUGGCUGACGUCGAUCUCAUGGUGCUUGACUUCGACCGGCCCAUGUUCUCAUCCACUUGGUCAGCGUUCAGUGGGUCAUUGAAACUCGUGCUAGCUACGUGCUUCGUCUUCUUUGGCCAGAAGGAUGGCUGCAGAUGGAUGCUGCUGGGUGUGGCGAUGUUGUGCUACAUGGCACUGCUUGCGUUGAACUUGUUCAUGGCCCCAUGCACUGUGCACUGGAUCAAUUGUGCCAGGAAUGUGUCGCUGGUCGCCGGCCUGUGGGCUACACUGUGUGGAUUUGCAGUAGCAGGUGGAGGCACGCACUGUCAUGUCCUGGUGAGCCUUGCAGUUGGUCUCUUGAUCAUCACAGUCGUGGUGCUCCCUGCCGUGAUGGUCUACGGCUUCCACUCGAUCGAGGUGUAUCGCGGUGCAAGCGCGGUGCUGAGGGACAACCUGCUUAAUUCGUUCCAGAGGAUGGUGGUUCUCUUUCGAUUGCUCAUGGUGAGAGUGACACCCGAGGGAGCGAUCGUUGGUGGCGGCCAGAGGAGUGGAGUGUACACGAUAAAGGGGCUGGAGGUUGCCAGCCCGUCUGGGACCUUGUUCCAGGGCUCGCUGAGGAGACUAAGGGCUGAUGCUGAAGAUUGGAUGGAAUGGGCAGACUGG